AAAUCAAAACUUAGCCACAAUUCCAACACAAAAACACAGCAAGAAAAUCAACUAUGGAGUUUUUCAACAAGGCCAAAGUUGUUAGACUCCGAAGCCACCUUGAUAAGUACUUAAUCGCAGACGAAAACGAAGAAACAGUCCGGCAAAGCCGAAAUGCGACUUCCCGGAAAGCCCAAUGGGCCGUUGAGUUUCCAGAUGGACAGAAUCACAUUAUCCGACUCAAGAGCUGCUACGGUCGAUACCUCACCGCCUCCGACGUGCCUUUCCUACUCGGUGUUACCGGUAAGAAGGUAAUUCAAACUGUUCCGGCGACAAAUAUGAAUACUUCCAUUGAAUGGGAGCCUAUAAAAGAAGGGUUUUUUGUGAAGCUGAGGACAAAAUCGUCAGGUAAAUUUUUGAGAGCCAAUGGGGGGACGCCACCUUGGAGGAACACGGUUACGCAUGAUGUUCCUCACAGGACAGCGACGCAAGACUGGGUUUUGUGGGAUGUGGAUGUGAUAGAUGUGUCUCUAUCGGCGUGUGAGUCGUUGCCGAGUUAUGUAUCGCCGGUGUCGAGCUUUUCUUCGAGCAUUCGGUCGUUGUCGAUAGUCUCUGAUGGAUCUGGGCAUUCCAGCUUUUCAUCAAGUCGAGAUGAUAUUGCAGAUUCCAAAGCCCGUUCGUUGUCGGUAGUCUCUAAUAGAUCUGCACAAGCAAGUGGAAAACAGAAUGGAAUGGUGUUUUUCGACAAAGCGAAAGCCGUGAGACUGGAAAGCCACUUCGGAAAGUACCUAGUGGCUGAUGAAGACGAAGAAACAGUCCGGCAAAGCCGAAAUGCGACUUCCCGGAAAGCCCAAUGGGCUGUUGAGUUUCCAGAGGGACAGAAUCACAUUAUCCGACUCAAGAGCUGCUACGGUCGAUACCUCACCGCCUCCGACGAGCCUUUCCUACUCGGUGUUACCGGUAAGAAGGUAAUUCAAACUGUUCCGGCGACAAAUAUGAAUACUUCUAUUGAAUGGGAGCCUAUAAGAGAAGGGUUUUUUGUGAAGCUAAGGACAAAAUCGUCAGGUAAAUUUUUGAGAGCAAAUGGGGGGACGCCACCUUGGAUGAGAGCCAAUGGAGGCACACCGCCUUGGAGGAACUCUAUAACUCAUGAUGUUCCUCAUAGAACUGCCACUCAAGAUUGGGUGCUGUGGGGAGUAGAUGUUGUGGAUAUAUGUAUAUCGGAUCAUGUGGAUUCGUUGUCCAGAAACAUAUCGUCGGCAUCAAGCUUUUCUUCCUCGGUCGAUGAUUUCACAGGGUCUCCAGACACCGGUUCGCCGUCGGUUGUCUCCGGCGGAAGACAGAGUGGAAUGGAGCUCUUCCACAAAGCCCAAACCGUUCGGCUCCGAAGCCACCACGACAAGUUCCUCUUAGCAGAAGAAGACCAAGAAUCGGUCUGCCAAGAUCGCCACGGCUCCAUCAAGAGAGCCAAAUGGACAGUCGAGUUCGUCGAUGGCAUCGACACCGUAAUCCGAUUAAAGAGCUGUUACGGCAAAUACCUCACAGCCACAGACGAGCAGUACCUUCUCGGCGUGACUGGACGGAGAGUUUCUCAAACGCUUCCCAAAAAAUUGGAUUCGAAGGUCGAAUGGGAGCCGCUUCGAGAUGGGUUUCAGGUUCGCCUCAAAACGAGGUACGGAAACUACCUUCGCGCAAAUGGGGGGUUACCGCCGUGGAGGAAUUCGAUCACGCAUGAUAUUCCUCAGAGGCAUACAGAUUGGAUAUUGUGGGAAGUUGAUGUUGUUGAGAUUCGUCCUGACCCACCAACUCCAUCCGAUUCUGUGUCUCCCUCUCAACCCAUCUCGCCUUCUUUCUAUCUUAGGUCUCCCAAAUCUUCUAAACUCGAGUUAAAUGAUUCUGGAUCGCCCAUGAAGUCUGAAGGCCGGAUUAUAUACUAUAGUGUUGUGGAUGAUGAUGAUGGGAAAAUUGAAGAGGGUAAGGAAGAGCCUUCUUUUCAUUUUAAAGGGCUUGGUUUGGAGGAAUUGACUGAAAAGUUGGAGGAAGAAACAGGGUUGGAGGAUGUUAUUGUGUGUUUGCGCAAUCCAUGGAAUGGAAAGCUUAGCCCACUCCGGUUAGAUCUUCCUCCCAACAAUACAACCAUGCAUAUUGUUGUAGUUCCGUCUGCAUCCAAAGCGGCAAGUGAAUUUGCACCAGACACUUCUACUUCAUGAUCUGGGUUGUAUAGCACCUGUGUACAAUAUAUGCUCCAACAGUGUUCAGUACAUUUGAUCCCAAACCAGCUUGCACUUGCAAAUAACCAGAGGAGUGAAACUUUGAGUCAAUUUUGUUUCAUUGAUUGAACUGUGAGAGAAAGGAAUGAAAUCAUUUUGUUGGACACAAGCUGUGACUAGUUUUGAUUACCUUAUAUGAAGUUAGUAAGCUGCUGAGAAUGGCAUAUUGUAUUUUAUUCAGAAUAAAAUUCUCAUUUCUCUUCUUGGGUUUUUACUUCAACGUAGAUAAGCAACAUAUGUUAUUGAAAAAGUCCGUGGUGCCAAACUUAUGUAGAAUUUUCUGGGUGGGAGUUUGUGUGGAGAUUCAAUUUGUAUAGUGUGGGGUCCAUAUGUAGAAUAAAUCUAAACCACAAGAUAAUAAUUUUGGAUAA